AUGGGUGCAGAUAUCUCGUCAACUAAGGGGGCUUUCGUUGCUAUUCUUGUGAAGCAAGUCGACGCUGCUCUCUUGACGCUCCGGCAAGCUGUUUCAAAGUUUCGGACAGAAGAUCGUUUGCUCUGUAGAACGCAUACACUUCUUUUGGGGCAUCAUCUUACUUCUCAAUCACAAACACAUCCCUAA